UUUUACAUGGUUUUUACGAUUUUAUUAAAAUAAUUAUUCUGAGUAGGUACUACUAGCAACACACAUGUGUUGCGUAUGUUAUGGAAUGUUGUGUUAUGUGAAAAUGAUAAAUAAUUAGGAGCAAUCAAGUUUUGUGAUAGAUGUAUGUUGGAUUUUUAAUAUUCAAUAAUAAAAUGGAUUCAAAGUACCAGGUUCUUGGUAAAGGAAAGGAGCAUAAAAAUGGGUUCGUUAUCAAAGCAAAGAGAUUAAAGGGAUGUAGAGAAAAUAAUUCUAUUGACAUAAACUUGAACUCUUCUGGAAGAAAUAGUGCACCAUAUUCUGUUCCUAGUAAGGGAAAACAACUCAAGGCACCAAAAAGAGAAGAUAUUUUUGAAACAAGAAAAUCAUUACCUGUAUAUGCAGUCAGAGCAAGGCUUUUAGAGGAAAUAAAGAAGCAUGAUACAAUGAUAAUAAUAGGUGAAACUGGAAGCGGUAAGACUACACAAAUUCCUCAAGUAAUUCAUGAGCAAGGAUUAGAAGGCAAGGGAGCCAUAGCUGUGACUCAGCCUAGGAAAGUCGCAACAAUCACUUUGGCUUUAAGAGUGGCAGCAGAAAUGAGGUCGGAAAUUGGUGCUACAGUUGGAUACACAGUCCGAUUUGAAGAUGUGUCAUCUGUGAAGACAAAAAUAAAAUAUGUAACAGAUGGUAUACUUCUCCGUGAAGCACUGUCUGAUCCUUUACUUAAGAAGUAUUCAGUAAUUAUAUUGGACGAGGCCCACGAGCGUACAGUGAACACGGAUGUUUUAUUUGGAAUAAUUAAAUUAGCACAAAGGGAUAGAAAUCAGCAAAAUUUGUCUAAUUUAAAGGUUAUAGUCAUGUCUGCUACUAUGGAUGUAGAUUCCUUCAAAAAUUUUUAUAAUGAUUGCCCUGUGAUAUACUUAGAGGGCCGAACUUUUCCUGUCACAAUUUACCACACAAAAACGAAACAAGAUGAUUAUGAGUAUGCUGCUCUGUGUUCAGUUUUUCAAUUACACGCAACAACUCCAGCUAAUGAAGACUUUCUGGUGUUUUUGACGGGCCAAGAAGAAAUAGAAACAAUGAUGCAUAACAUAAGACAGAUAGCACAGGAGACUCAGGGUCCUGUAAUACGAGUGUGCCCUCUAUACGCGGGACUCCCGGCAGCAGCACAACUAAACGUAUGGAAGAAAACACCACCAGGAGCGAGGAAGAUCGUUCUGGCAACAAACAUAGCAGAGGCAUCCGUCACCAUACCGGACAUAAGAUAUGUCAUAGAUACUGGCGUUGUCAAAGAACGGACGUGGUGCGGGCGUACGGGGGCGGAGCGACUGCGCGUGGCGGCGUGCUCGCGCGCGGCGGCGUGGCAGAGGGCGGGGCGCGCGGGCCGCACCGCCCCCGGCGCCGCCUACCGCCUCUACACCGCGCGGCAACUCAACGACCGCCCAGCGCACACCACGCCAGAGAUACUACGCUGCCCCCUUGCUUCUUCCCUGUUGUCUCUCAUCGCGAUGCGGAUGGAUCCGAAUACUUUCCCAUUAAUAGACCCUCCCCCACAAGACGCCGUUCAAGCAUCCCUUAUGCUACUGAAAGAGUUAGGGGCUAUAGACAAUGUUUCCGAACCGAAAUUGACAGUGAUUGGAAAGAAAAUGACUGCUUUUCCGGUUGAUCCAAAAUAUGCAAAAAUUCUUCUGUGUGCGCCAGAAUACAAUUGUUUAGAGGAGGCCUUAAGUUUGGUGUCGGUGAUGUCCAGCGAAGACCUGUUCUACACGCCGAUGGACAAGCGGGAAGAAGCCGCUAUUGUCAAACAGAAGUUCGUCUCCCCUCUCGGUGAUCACAUCACGCUUCUAAAUGUCUUCAAAGCAUUUCAAAAGGCGCCAAUGCAAAAGCAAUGGUGUAAGGAGAACUACGUGCACCACAAGAACAUCGCGAACGCGUGCGACAUCCGCCGCCAGUUGCUGGAGGUGUGUCGCCGCCUCAACAUGCCGCUCGCCAGCUGCGGCACCGACACCGACCAGAUCUUGAAGUGCCUGAUGUCGGGUCUAUUCACGAACGUGGCGUGGUCCCGGGGGGCGGGGUCGGGGGCGGCGCGGUACGUGACGGCGGGCGGCGCGGCGGCGGCGCUGCAUCCCGCCAGCGCGCUGUACGGGGUACGCCCCCCGCCCCCCGCCGUGCUGUACGGCGAGCUGGUGCACACGCGCCGGGCACACCUGCGCUCCGUCUCCGCCGUACAGCCCGCCUGGCUGGCGCUGGUGGCGCCGGAGUACGCGCGCCGCGUCGCCCCGCGGUGACACGCCUGUGUCGCAAUGACCCCCGCUUCUCGGUGACCUCCCUGUCACGCGGUGGCGCCAGGUGGUGCGGUCCCCCUUGUAAGCGGUUAGCG